CGACCAUUGACUUCCCCCGCGACUGAGUCAAGACAGCAUCUUCUGGAGAACCGUCAUACCCACGGUCUCCUCUGUUCGCUUCCAUUCACUGCCUAAUCGAUCAAAAUGGCCUCCAAGUGUGUCCACAAGGGCUGCGGGAAGGAAUUCACCGACGCCGAGGAGCCCUGUGUCUACCAUCCUGGCCCGCCGGUGUUCCACGAGGGACAAAAAGGCUGGAAAUGUUGCAAGCCCCGCGUCCUCACUUUCGACGAAUUCCUCGCCAUCCCACCUUGCACGACGGGCAAACACUCCACCGUCGACGAUACCCCCGUUGAACCGAAACCCCAACCCGCCGCAGAAGAACCUGCUGCGCCUGCACCCGCGCCCUCAGUCGAGAGCCCCGUCCCCCGCACAGCCAUCUCCCCGGCCAUUCCCCCUCCCUCGAAUGCGCCCACCCCCGUCCCCGAAGAACCCGACUCCGAUGACCCGGAUCUCGUGAUCGCCGCGAACGCGACCUGUCGUCGCCGGGGCUGCAACACGGGCUACGAUGCAACCAUCCCGCGCGAGGAGGAGAAGUGCGUGCAUCACCCGGGACAGCCCAUCUUCCACGAGGGCAGCAAGGGCUGGUCGUGCUGCAAGAAGCGGGUGCUGGAGUUUGACGAGUUCCUGAAGAUCCAGGGCUGCACAGAGAAGACCAAGCAUCUAUUUGUUGGAAAGGGAAAGCCGGCGGGCGAGGAGAAGGUGGAGUCGGUUCGGAACGAUUUCUACCAGACCUCCUCCUCCGUGAACGUGUCGCUUUACCUCAAAAAGAUUAACAAGGAGACCGCCAAGGUGACGUUCACAGCUACAUCGAUCGAGCUGGACCUCCCUACGACGGAUAACAAGCGGUACAAGGAUACCUAUCAGCUGUUUGCGCCGAUUGAUCCCGAAAAGUCGCAGUUCCGUGUGUUGGGGACAAAAUUGGAGUUGACGCUGGUCAAGGCGGAUGGAACGAGCUGGCCGGUGUUGCGUAGCGAUGAUAAGUGGUCUGGAGAGAGAAUCCAGAUUGGUAACGCUGGACGGGUGUGAUAGACUAUACUAUAAAAUUGUGGUUGAGUAUAGCAUGAUAAUGACUUGCAGUACAGUAGCUUUCUUAUCUUAUCCGCAGCGCAGCAACCGCGCCAGCGCAGCACCAGCAGCAGCGAGGGCGCUUAUCAGCAGAUAGGCAUGGCGACGGGUAGAUAUCCCAACAACACCAAGCUACAAAUCAGCAAAAGCCAGCCUGCCAGCAAGCCAGCCAAGCAAAAACCAUACACCUCAUCCACAUCGCACAGCAGACAAGACACACAAUAAGCUUACGG